AUGCAGGACUUCAGCACUUUCCUGAAAGGAAAGCCCACGCUGCCAUCUCUAUGGACUGGUAACCUCAACUUCGCCAAGCUCAACCCCAUCCCCCACCGAUACCGACCCAGUCGAGCAAAGAGAAAUCAGAAGAAGCGCGCAUCCGGAAACUACACUGGUGCCGAAGAUGUCACUUCACUGCAAAAGUCUCUCAACCCCCUCGACACAUUACGGAAACUGCAAAAUCACAAGUGGCGCCUCCUCGACCUGCAGUACACGAUCCUCGUCGCCCUCAUCAUCUUCUCGCUCUGCAUUACGCCCUCAGCGCCACUAAUCAAGACCCUCGCCGUCACUGGUGGCCUCCUGCUUUUGACGAUACCCGUCACCAGCCAGUUCUUCUUCCCGGGCUUGAGUAUAUGGGCAUACCUCAUCUAUUUCUUUUGUAGCCGCUUCAUCGAUGCGAAAUACCGCCCCCACAUCUGGGUUCGCGUCCUCCCCGCCCUCGAGAACGUCCUCUACGGUGCCAACCUCUCCAACAUUCUGUCCGCUCACACCCAUCCGGUUCUCGACAUUCUCGCCUGGAUCCCGUACGGACUUGGCCACUUUGGCGCUCCCUUUAUCUGCGCUGGCUUCCUCUUCCUCUUUGCCGCUCCCAAGACGCUUCCGAUCUUCGCCAAGUGCUUCGGAUGGCUGAACGUGCUCGGCGUCACCAUCCAGCUCGUCUUCCCCUGCACUCCUCCGUGGUACGAGAACGAGCAUGGCCUCGCCCCAGCUGCCUACGGCAUGUCCGGAUCCCCCGCUGGCCUGGCCCGCAUUGACGCUAUCCUCGGCAUCGAUAUGUACACCACCAGCUUCUCGACCGCUCCGGUUCCUUUUGGCGCUUUCCCGUCGCUGCACGCUGCGGACGCCGUCAUGGAGGCUCUCAUCCUGAGCUACUGCUUCCCCCGCUUCCGCCCUCUGUUCGUCAUCUACGUUGGAUGGAUCUGGUGGGCAACCAUGUACCUCAACCACCACUACGCAGUCGAUCUGGUUGGCGGCUCUCUGCUCUCGGCUGGAAUUUUCUACUUCGCCAAAGCUCGAUACUUGCCUCAGCAGCAGGCUGACAAGAAGACUCGCUGGGAGUACGACUACGUUGAGAUUGGCGAGCAGACCAAGGUUUUCGACGAGGAGUACGGACGGAUGUACAACAUGGGAUACCUUCAGCGCCGCGGCAGCUCCGACAGCGAUGAGUGGACAGUUGGCAGCAGCUCUAGCUAUAGCACAUCUAGCCGGGGUAGCGGAAGUUUGAGCCCCGCCCUUUCCGAAGAAUCCGGUCGCAGCAUUUUCAGUAUCGAGAUCAGACCCGACAACGACAGAUACGAAAUCCCUCAGCUCACAGAGGUGGCUGUGCAGUAA